AAAAUGAUGUCGCACAAUAUGAUUUAGCUAAACGUUACCAAAAUGGAUGGGGAAUUGAAAAGAAUUCAGAAAAGGCAUUCGAUUGUAUUGAAAUCAAAGAAGAUCUUAAAAAAGCACUUUUUUGGUAUCAAAAAUCAGCUGUAAAUAAAAAUAAAGAAGCCCAAUAUAAUAUAAUUAAAUGUUAUAUAAAUGGAAUAGGAAUUAAUAAAGAUUUAGAAAAAGCAUAUAAAUGGCAUCAAAGAUUAGUAAAAAAUGAAAAUAGAUCUAAAAGAAGUUUUGGAAAAUAUGAAACUAAUCAUCAAAAUAUUAAUGAAAAUAUUAUUACAGAUUUUGGUAUUUCAAAAAUUGGAAAUAAUUCUACUAGACAUAUUGGACUUUGUGGUAAAACUGCUUAUAUAGAUCCACAAAUACUUAUAAAUCAUAAUUUUCAAUAUAUUAAGCCUUCAGAUAUUUAUAGUUUUGGAAUUUUAAUGUGGGAAAUUUCUAGUGGAUAUCCUCCAUUUAAAGAUUUAAAUGAUACUACUAUUUAUGCUGCUAUUAUUAAUAAUAAUGCUCGUGAAACUACUAUAUCAGAUACUCCUCAGGAUUAUGAAAAAUUAUAUAAAAAAUGUUGGGAUCAAGAACCUAAGCAAAGGCCUACCAUUACAGAAUUAUUGGUUGAAUUCUCAAGGAUGAAUUUUAUGAAUAAAAAGAUUAAAGAUAAAUUUAAUAAUAAUCAGGAUCUUAUUAUUGCUAUUACUUGUCAUAAAACUCGUGAAAUUUCUAUAGCGGAUACACCUGAGGAUUACGAAAAAUUAUAUAAAAAAUGCUGGAAACAAGAACCAAAGCAAAGACCAAUUAUUAAAGAAGUAUUAAAAAUAUUUUAUAAGAUGGGCUUUGGAAAAAUUAUUGGCGAUGAUGAAACAACAAAAGAUACAGAGAAUAAUAAUUCUGAUCCUGAUUCAAAAAUUGGCGAUUCUAUUCAGUUAGAUACUUUUGAGAAUUUAUCUAUAACAAAUUAUGAAGUAUAA